UAAUAUUUAAAAUGGGAUAGUUCCAAUAUAACUAGCAGAAAAUCUGUGGCCAGGAUUCAGUAUCUUAGGUGUCCAUGGCCACUUCCAAUCUCUCCCACCAAAUUUCCCAACCAUUUCAUUUUCCUACUGCUUGCACCACCAUUUUCCGGUCACCAAGUUCCGCCGUCAACCUCCACCACUAUCCUUCACUUCCUCUCCAUAAACUAUGUGUUAGAGCCAAAACCAAAAAACACACAAAGUGGGCGAUUAAGCUGAGCUCAGUAGAGCAGAGUCCACCAAAAUCAAAUGUAAAUUUGGAGCAACUCGCAGCCUUUCUCUACGACGAUCUUUCUCACCUCUUCGAUGAUAAGGGUAUCGAUAAAAGUGCUUAUGACGAACGUGUCUUCUUUCGAGACCCAAUCACUAAGCAUGAUAAUCUCAGUGGUUACCUUUUCAAUAUUUCUCUUCUUAAGACACUAUUUACACCCCAAUUUCACUUGCAUUGGGUUAAACCGACAGGAGCUUAUGAGAUAACUACAAGAUGGACUAUGGUUAUGAAAUUCAUGCUACUUCCGUGGAAACCAGAAUUGGUCUUUACAGGUACAUCUGUCAUGGGCGUUAACCCAGAAAAUGGAAAGUUUUGUAGCCAUGUGGACUUUUGGGAUUCACUAAAGAAAAAUGAUUAUUUUUCUGUUGAAGGUUUGUGGGAUGUUUUCAGACAGUUGAGGAUUUAUAAGACGCCGGAAUUGGAAUCACCCAAAUAUCAAAUAUUGAAAAGGACAGCAAAUUAUGAGGUUAGACAGUAUGAUCCGUUCGUAGUAGUAGAAACCAAUGGAGAUAAACUAUCUGGGAAUACUGGCUUCAAUGAUGUUGCUGGAUAUAUAUUUGGAAAGAAUUCAACCACGGAAAAGAUACCAAUGACUACUCCUGUCUUCACUCAAGCCGUUGAUCCUGACUUGUCAAAAGUUUCAAUCCAAAUAGUUCUUCCAUCAGACAAAGAAACAAAGAGUUUACCAAAUCCUAAUCAAGAAACAGUUAGUGUGAGAAAGGUAGAAGGAGGCAUUGCUGCAGUAAUAAAGUUUAGUGGAAAACCCACAGAAGAUGUUGUUCUAGAAAAGGAGAAAAUCUUGCGUUCAAAUAUCAUUAAAAACGGUCUUAAACCUAAGACUGGUUGUUUGCUUGCCCGGUACAAUGAUCCAGGUCGAACAUGGAACUUUAUAAUGAGGAAUGAAGUGCUCAUUUGGCUAGAUGACUUCUCAUUGGAAUAGUAGUAUUAAUGCAGUAUUCAUGGCGGCUUCUCUUUAUCAACGCUCCAGACAGUAAAAAAUGUCAUUUUCCCACACCAAGUUUUUCUAUCUUUAUGUCAGUCUCUGUUGUCUGUUGUCUGUUGUCUGUAUGAUUACAUGAAAUGUAGCGUUAUAAAUCAUCUUUAGGUUCGGGGAGUGAUGUAUGGAACCAAAAACAGACAUGUAAAAAAUUAUAGGGACGAAUAAGGUGCAUGGUCAGUACUUGUCACCGAUCAAAUUGUAAAAGAAUAACAAUGUACAUUAAGCUUCCACUUAUUCUUUAA